CAAGAGAGUAAUUCCAGGUCUACUUGGCAAUGUGCCAUCUCCCCCACCACUAACCAAGCAUAUUGCUUUCUCAGUUUCCCUCCAUGGUCUUUUCAGCUUACAGGCUUAUUUCAAUAAUACAGUUUCUGUGAUAUUUCCAUUACAAAUUCAUUAACCCUACUUAUCCUCUGCAAACUCUUGGCCUUUCAAGAAUUCAUUUUUGAAGGUAUGGCAAAUGAGGAAGAAGCCAUAACCAAUAACUCCAAGAAAGCAGAUUCCAGCUACCAAGUUAAUCCUCCAUUUCAAAGGGUUGGGGAUUCAGCAGAAAUAACUGAGGAAAUCACAGAGGGUCGCCAGCGAGACCUUGAGUUAGAGAUACCAUCAAGAACUCUGGAGGAUACUAGAGAAGAUUUCAUGGUAAUUCAAAUGCCUGCUACACCAACUCUUACUCCCAAAAGGGUAAUUUUUUCCCCCAAUCCCAGCCCCAGCUUUAUCAGAAUGAAUGACUCCCCAGAUCCCUCUACAUCAAAAAGUAGAUCAACCAUAAGAAAUCUUCUUCCAAAGUUAAGUUUCAAAUAUCGGAGCACUACUUCGGAUAUUGAGAAGGCUGCUAUAUUAGCACUAGGAGGUUCAUCUGCAGGAAUAGAGAAGAAGCCUUUCCUUUCUAGGACACUGUCUUUCACAAAGGUUUUUAAUCCCAGGGCGAACAUAACUUCAUCGUUACCUGUUACCCCUAUUUCUCACUCCAAUCCAGAGUCUACACAUGGAGGUCAUGCAUACAAUCCAUCAAGUUAUGCUAAAGGAUUUGCCCAAAUACCAAUUCAUCGCUCACGUUCUGUCCCAGUGUUUAACAAAGAGGAAAGCACAAGGCAAAUGGACUCUUCAGGUGGCAUAUUUCGUGUGAUUCCAACAACUCCACGAGCUGCUGAGGUGACUGUCACAACAGCAUCAAACAUAUCUACUAGGAAUGAUAAUGAUGUAAAUGAUGAUAGUGGUGAGGAUAUUCUAGAAGAAGAAGCUGUCUGUAGAAUCUGCUUAAUUGAACUGGGGGAAGGUGCUGACACUCUCAAGAUGGAGUGCAGCUGCAAAGGUGAACUCGCGCUAGCCCACCAAGAAUGUGCUGUGAAAUGGUUUAGCAUAAAAGGUAACAAAACAUGUGAUGUGUGCAAGCAAGAGGUUAAGAACCUACCAGUUACUCUUUUGCGAGUCCAAAAUUCUCGAGGAAAUAGAGCUCGGCCUGCUGAGGCUGGCCCAUACAGGGUAUGGCAGGAUGUUCCGAUUUUGGUCAUUGUCAGCAUGCUUGCUUACUUUUGUUUUCUUGAGCAGCUUUUGGUAGGGAAACUUGGGUCUGGUGCAAUUGCCAUUUCUCUCCCUUUUUCCUGUAUAAUGGGUAUUCUUGCAUCCAUGACAUCGACGACAAUGGUAAGGAGAAGGUAUGUCUGGGUUUACGCCACAACUCAAUUUGGUUUGGUGGUCUUAUCUGCUCAUCUUUACUACUCCUUACUUCAUAUGCAAUCUGUUCUAUCGGUUCUCCUUGCCACAUUCACUGGGUUUGGAGUUACAAUGUGUGGAAGCUCUGUGAUAGUUGAGAUCUGCAGAUGGAGGAGAAGGCAUGCUCAAGCAAAUCAACAGCAUGGUUCUCAGGAUGAGACGCAGCUCGAUCAACCUCCUGCAGAUGCUCAUCAAACUGUGACAAAUCCUAACCACCAAGAAAUCGAAAUUGGACGGUCGGAACCUACACGCAGCGGCUAAUUGGGUGUAAUUUAUGAUGCAUUGCUGCCAUAGCCAAUGACAAACAAAUGACGGGUUUCAGCUGUAUUAUAGCUGCAUAUAUUUAUACAUAUCUUCCUUCUUAUUUUAUCCUUUUAUUUUAUUUUAUCUUUAUAUAAUAUGAGUAGUUGGAAGUGAUGUAGAUUGAAAUACGGAGAUUUCUUUUACUUCAUUUUUUCAACUCUUUUUUUUCUUUUGGAAAAAAGUGCAGAAAGAAUGUCUGAAUAGUCUCCUAAAGACUAAUAGAGAGUACUUCGAAGUUUAGGAACACCAAAUUAUAGAUAUGUUUUUUUGCACUUUCGUAGAAUGUAUUUGUUCUUAUAUAAGAUUGAGAUCCCAGAUUGUAUUCAGAAUAAUUGAAAGAGAAUCAUAUGAUUUUCUCAGAAUAUUUUGUUUUUCUUGUAAACAAGCAUAUGGUAAUUUAUUUUUUCUUGA